CACGCGUCAAGCAAGGAACAUCUCCCAACUCAGCUCUUGGAUUUCAUCUCCCACUUCUCACUCACUCACUCACUCACUCACUCUCCCUCUCUCCCUCUGAAACUGCUCUUAUCUUUAUUCUUCGUAUCCUCAUUUUUCUCUAUUUCUUCGCAGUACAAGGAAUGCUCCCCUACACAUAUAACAAACCCUAGCACAGUGGACCCAAGUUAAGCCACCGGGAAAAUUGCCUGGGUUCUCAAACUUUCGUCUUGGGAAAUGGCUGACUUACCUCCACCGGAGAGCCAUCUCAACGGUGGUAACACUGCAGGAGAAAGAGGAGGACCUUCAAUUGCAGUCGCAUCAUCGGAAACCGUUGGCUCCAAGCGCCAGCGGAGGCCCAGCGUCCGUUUAGGCGAAAUCGGUGGCGACCAGCUCUACGACAGCCAUUCGCGGAGAACCACCAGUAAUAAGCAAUGGAAGCAUCAUCACCUCCUGUCUCUCGAUCACAAAAAGGAUCCCAAUACCUCUAGUAAAGGCUCAAAGACUCGGGCUUUAACCAAUUUAACUAUUAGCGGUGAGUUCACUGAAACCCUAGAUGAGGACAAAGAGGUCAAUUUGGAUGCCGUCGCAAUUGGAAGCUGGAGAGUCAAGGAUUCGAAAAAGCGGGCUUCCAAUGCCACCACCAAGCGAGUCAGAUCCAGUUGGGUCUCCAAAAUCGACGAUGCUGGCGGUGGCAGUGCAAACAACAAUGUCGAGGGAGAUGAAAAAUACAGCGGUGGCGAAGAUGUGGAUGAUACUUACCGCGGAUUCGACAUGGAAAAUUCUGAAAGUCCGUUAAAAGAACAGAGUCCUGUUCACUCCCUUGAGAAUUUGGGAGACGGGAAUGAGAGAAACGAGAGGGAAAUUUAUUACAAUAGAUGGCCGCUCAGGGCAAGGGAUAACCAUAAUUAUAAUCAUCAUCACGAUGGGGUUGAAUUAUCAGGCCCAUCGGAUACUGACGCCAGAGAUUACAGGAACAAUGGGAGGUGUGGUGGUGGAGGAGAGGAUGGGGUGAGGAUUUGGCUGAAUAGUAUAGGGUUAGGGCGGUAUGCACCAGUUUUUGAAAUCCAUGAGGUGGAUGAUGAGAUUUUACCAAUGCUGACACUGGAGGAUUUGAAGGAUAUGGGGAUUAAUGCAGUUGGGACAAGAAGAAAGAUGUUCUGUGCAAUUCAAAAGCUCGGGAAAGGGUUUUCUUGAAAGUUUUGGAGGAGUCAGUUGUUUUGGUUUUUCAACAGAGGAUUAUGUCUCAGCCAUGUUAUGCUACAGGGUGGAUGCUCAUUUCAAUGGCCCAUCAUUUUUUCUUCAUUUAAAGGUCAGUGAAGGAUUGAAGGGUUAAGGCUUCUCUGUUAUUGAUCGCAAAUAGAUGCGAGGAUGUCAUGAAUGUUAGUGUGGAACUUCUGCAGCAAAGCUAGGAUCUUGGGUUGGUUGAUCAGUCGAGAUGAGAAAUUUAGUGGUGCAGCUGUUUACAAGUUUACGAGGGACACUUGAUUGUAUAAAUGGGUUGUAAAGUGAAAUUUUCAUUCAAUCAAUAAUACAGAAUAUGUUCCCUGCGCCGCC